CCUAUAGUAGCUAUAUGUGCAAAACCUGCGUGUAUAAAUACUGGUUACACUUACUGAUAUUUUUUCCAUACAGUUGCAUUUAGAUCAAAUAUAAAACUACAAAAACCCAAAAAAUCAUGAAGCCAAUGUUUUACUUCCUUGUUGCCUUAACAGCAGUUUUGGCCGCCACUAUUGCAAACGCACAACCUGUUCUCGACAUCGAUGGCGACAUCAUAUUUGACGGAAGUUACUAUGUUCUUCCCGUCAUCCGCGGCCAGGGGGGCGGCCUUACUCUCGCCGGACGCGGUGAUCAGCCAUGUCCUCUCGACAUCGUGCAGGAAUCAUCCGAGGUUGACGAGGGCAUUCCCGUAAAAUUCUCAAACUGGAGGUCUAGAGUUGGGUUCGUUCCCGAAUCCGAGAACCUGAACAUCGAGACGGACGUCGCAGCCACCAUCUGCGUCCAGUCAACCUACUGGUGGGUUGAUACGAAGGCCAAGUUUCGCGUGACGGCUGGUCCGAAGCCAGAAGAAGAGUCGUUGCUGAGUUUCUUCCAGAUCCAGAAUGUUUACGACCAUUAUUACCAGUUUGCGUUUUGUCCUAGUGGUCCUAAGGGAUGCUACGAUGUCGGGAUAUUUGUGGAUGAAAAUGGCGUCCGACGUUUGGCUUUAACCAAGAGGAGUGACAAUACGCCAUUCUUGGUUAUGUUCAAGAAAGCAAAUGUGCAAGAGAUCUCCUCCAAGACCAAGACUAUGUUUAUCUGAGAGAGAAAAUGAUUACUAAAUUCAGUCAUAACUUAAUUAGACUGCUAAUAAAGAACUCUCACUGAGUUACUGUGUUUCUCUUUGUUCAUCAAAUUUGGAAUAAAACACAUUUCCUCUGUUUCGUUUAA